GGAGGGUGUAGGUAAAAUGACGACGAUCAGACUACCUCCUCCAAGCUCCUCUACCAAAUUACAUUUAACCCAAGGUACCUAACAUUACCUACCUCUUGCUACUAACCUACCUACCUACCUACGUACCUAGAUAAGGUAUGUACUCAAUUACACUAACUACCUUACCUUGAAUACUCAAGUUACCUUGGGCAGGUAGAUAAAGAUUCGGUCGACCAACCGAGGCUAGAAGGCAGCUGAACGCGGAGUAGCCUCACUGAAACAUGCAUAGGCGCUCCGUGGGGGAAGUAGAAACCGGCUUUUCGUUUCCACCAGACAUGUUUAGAAGCGACCUGGCGUACCUGCCUACCUUGUAGCCAAUUUAUUUAUCUCCUAAGUCCCCGCUCGCCAGCUGUUUCAAAAAUAUUCCUUUACAUGUUCCUUCUUUAACUUUCGGACGAUAUCUCUUUUCUACCCUCCCUCAAAAUCUCCCAUUUCAUGAUAGGUGCCUAAUCAGUACCCGCAGCGACUGGACAAGAUGAACCGCAUAGCCAUUUGGACCGUUGCAUCAUGUCUUCUGAUACCCUUUACGAUACAUGCUUGCCUCCUAGCGUGGCAUGUUUUAGCAGGCACCUCUUCAUCUGGGAAAUGGGAGAGCCGAGCUACUUACAUCCUCUCCGGGCUGCUACUCAAAGUGCAAUACGAAUUCUUUGCUAAACUGAAAUUUGAGCUGCGGGCACGGCGCCUGGGUUGUCUUCCGGCCAAGCUUUACCCACACAAGGACCCCGUGCUCGGCUUGGAUUACUUCCUCAAGGCCAUGCGCGCGGCCGGCGCUGGGCAGUUCUUCCCCUUUGCCAGGGAGAACUUGAAGACCGUCGGCCACACGCACUAUGCCAUGGCUCUGGGGACCUGGGUACUGCAAACGGACGAACCUGAGAACAUCAAGAGCAUCCUGGCAACCGAUUUCGACAGCUGGGAGAUAGCAGGGCCGAGAUUGCUCCCCGUGCUCCCCAUUCUGGGUCCCAAGAGCAUCUUCACCAGCAACGGCGAGAAUUGGCAUCAAGCCCGUUCCAUGCUCCGGCCGAGCUUCGUGCGUGAUCAAGUCGCCGACCUGGCCUGCUUCGACCGCCACAUCACUCACUUGCUCGAGAGGAUCCGCAGCUCCUGCCAGGAUGGUAACGUUACCUUUGACCUCCAGAAGCUCUUCUUUCUCAUGACCAUGGACUCGAGCACCGACUUUCUGCUCGGCAGGAGCACUGAUCUCCUGGUGCAGGCUUCUCCCGAUGCCGAGGAGUUCCUCAGGGCUUUCGACUACGUCCUGUUUCAGGGUGCAAAGAUGUCACGCCUUGGUCCCAUGAUGAUAUACCUACCACACCGAAAGUUUGACGCCGACGUCAAGGUGGUGAGGGGCUUUGUCCGCAAGUACGUCUCCAAGGCAAUGACCGAAAAGGGGUACCAGAAGGAGAGGAGCUACCUGUUCCUCCACGAGCUCAUCGCAUCAGGGGCCAGCGAGGAGUACAUCACCGACCAGGUCCUGUCCAUUAUACUUGCAGGGCGGGAUACAACUGCCGCUGCGCUUGCUUGCGCCUUCUACUUCUUAUCGCAGUCCCCUGAUGCUUUGGCCAAGCUGAGGCGGGAGAUGUUGGAUAUGGGACAGGAGAACCCGGAUUGGGAGACUUUGAGGAACAUGAAGUAUCUCCAAAAUGUCAUCAAGGAGGCUUUGCGUCUCGCGCCUCCCGUUGCCACCAAUUCCCGAGCAUCGAGCAAGGAGACUAUCCUGCCCCGAGGUGGUGGGCCGGAUGGAAAGGCGCCAAUCCUUAUCCCCAAGGGUACAUCGUGUCGAUGGAGCAGUUAUGCCUUGUACCGACGGGAAGACAUCUACGGCCCUGAUGCAGAAGAGUUCCGACCGGAGAGGUGGGAAGAUUUGAGGGUUGCUUGGGAAUAUACUCCGUUUAGUGGGGGUCCGAGAAUCUGUAUUGGUCAGCAGUUUGCCCUGACGCAAAUGUCUUUGGCCAUAUUCAGGAUCUUGCAAAACUUUGACAAGAUCGAAUCCAGGAACGAGGGCCCUAUGGGCAUGCGGGCGAGCACUACUUCAUCGCUAUCCGAUCCAGGGUGCUUAGUGCGCAUGACACCGAGUGCCUAAUGGGGUUCCUCUGCUGUGAUUUCCUUGACACUUUGCCCAUUCCGAUAUCAACAGCAUUGGAUGGAAUGAUGAGAGAGUGCAACACGUAUACCACACAAUUUCCGGCUAGCUAUAAAUACCAGGGUAAAAGAUAAAAUAACAAACAAAGAACGUAGACCUAAC